UAUGUAUUGUUUUACAUAGCACUCUGAAAUUGUUUUACUUACAGGAACCUUUAUUUUGACGGGUAUUCGAAGUUUGAAUCCUAACCAGGAAAUAGUGUUCAAGACCAGGCGCGGGAAUUUUUCUAAUACAAUGUUAUUGUAAUAAUGAUAUAAAACCUAUGAUGUCUGUAACUGUAAAUAUCAUCAGCUUCAGACUUUAAGACCGAGUCAUGAGAUACAAUGGAUUGGGAUAAACUUGAACUGAGCCCAAAGAUUAUUCAUGCUUUAAAAAGAGCCAAUGUGAACUCGGCGAAAAAGGUCCUGAGUCUUCCAGCUUCUGAUCUCCAGAGGCUCCUUCAGCUGUCCAGCUCUGAGGUGCAGCUGGUGCUCCAUGCAGUUUCUAGACUUUUCCGCUCAGUGCCUCCUGUUACAGCUUUACAGCUUACACUUGGAGAAUUUCCAUCUUUGGAGCCUGGACACAGGCUUUCAUUCGCUUGUCCUGUUUUGGAUGAGCUCUUGUCUGGUGGUCUUCCCCUGCAUGGAAUAACCGAGUUAGCAGGAGAGAGUGCUGCUGGAAAGACCCAGUUUGGUCUGCAGCUCUCCUUGUCUGUACAGUAUUCACGUGAGCAUGGAGGACUCGGAGCAGGAGCUGUAUAUAUCUGCACUGAAGAUCCUUUUCCCAUUAAACGCUUGAGGCAGCUAAUUACCCAGCAGUCUCGCCUUCGCCCAAAUAUUCCACCGGCUCUGAUCCGCUCCAUCCGCUUCAGUGACAACAUCUACAUCGAACACACUGCAGAUCUUGAGGCCCUGCAGACGUGUGUGACGCAGCGAGUGCGCACGCUGCUCGAGCGAGGUCUCGUGCGCCUCAUCGUGGUGGACUCGGUGGCUGCUCUGUUUCGUAGCGAGUUCCAGGCUGAUGAGGCCAUAGAGAGAGCACGUCACCUUCUGGCCUUCUCCGCCACGCUACAUCGACUCAGCCAUACAUAUAGUGUUCCUGUUUUCUGCAUUAAUCAGGUGUCAGAUGUUGUGGACGGGCCAAACCCAGGCCGCUGUGAUUACGGGCUGGUAGACAGUAAGCUGCUCCCUGCCCUAGGUAUUAUUUGGGCCAAUCAGGUGAUGGUGCGUCUCAUGCUGAGGAGACAGGAAGGCUGUUUAAGAUCAGGGGAGCAGACCAGCGCUGCCCGCAAAUUAGAGGUGGUUUUUUCUCCUCAUCUGGCUCGAGCGAGCUGCCUGUGUGGAGUCUGGGAAGAAGGUGUUCGAGGAAUCUCACAAGAAGGAGAGGUCAAAUCGUCUCCUGGCAUCACAGAGCAAAGAAAGAAAGAUUUUCUGGAGCCGACAGACUCUAUUAAUCGAACAGCCUAAUAAUUACAAAACCUGUUUCCACAGCAUUAAUAUGAUUAUAUAGUAAAUUAUUUUGUAAAUACACUGACCAGGCAAAACAUUAUGAUGUUAUAACAUUAAGACUAGUGAAGUGAAUAACACUGAUUAUGUUGGGCAAGUGUAAGCAUUUUAGCAAGUUUAAUAAGGGCCAAAUUGUGAUGAUUAGACGACUGGGUCAGAGCAUCUCCAAAACUGCAGCUCUUGUUGGAUGUUCCUGGUCUGCAGUGGUCAGUAUCUAUAAAAAGUGCUCCAAGAAAGGAACAGUGGUGA